GCAUAACAACAUGCGCUUAGUUUCGAUAUAGGGAAUUCACCCAUAGGCUAAAACAAAUUUUAGGAAAAGCUGGUUUGUUUUAAAAUUUCGUUUAGUUCCUCAUACGUUAUCAUGUCGAAAUCCGUCGUCGUUCUCUGUUUAUCUGGUAGAAGAAGAACCGUCAAGUUCACUCCAAAUUUUACCAUUGUGCAGAUUUUAGAAGAAGUUUGCAAAAAAGAAAAUCUCGAUCCUGCAUGUCAUGAAUUGAGGAAUGGUCGAUCAGUUGUUGAUCGUUCGUUACCAUGGCGAUACACCAACCUACCCAACAAUGCAAAACUUGAACUGUUUGAAUCUAAACAAACAGAAGGUGUUUCUGAUGUGAGAAUUGCCGUACAACUGGACAAUGGUCAUCGCUUACAAGGGACUUUUUCUUCCCCAUCUACAUUGUUGGCAAUUGUUCAAAACUUUUCUGAAGAAAUUAAAAAGCAGUUACCAGAAGAGCAUUUGAAAACUCCAUCUGUUGUUUACAUGAGACAAGAAAUAACUGGGGAAGAACUUUUGUCAAAGUCAACUCUUAGGCAACUUGGAAUUGUAAAAGGAAGUGCAUUGUUGAGGCUUUCAUACAAAGAGCAAGAAGCAUCCACAUCUGAUCAAUCUUCAUCCCAUAAGUCUUCCGAUCCUCCACCCUCCUGUUCUUCUCAACCUCCAGUUGUCGAAAAAAAAUCUUCAGAACCAAAAGUGUUCAAAAAUAGUGAUGACUUGAAAAACAUCAACAAAGAAGACGCUCCAAAACCAGCAUCACCAAGCGAUCCUCCAAUUACGGAAAACUCCUCCGUUUCUAGUAUGAGCGUGGGAUCAGUUUAUAAGAGCACAAGUGAUGCGAGUAUGAUGAGUCUUCCAGAUAUAGUGUCUGAUCCGGAUACAGCGGAUGUUAAAGAACAACCUUCCACGAGCAAGGUAAAAAGAAAGGUGUCUGAAGAUGGUAAUUCUACAACAAAAAGAAUAAAAACUGAGGAAAGUGAGUCACCAGAAGAGACUUCAUAUCAAGUUGAUCUUUCCAAUUUCAAGUUUCCGGAAGAAAGCAAAGGGCAGUCACUUUAUGACUCAGCAUCUUGUUCAUACAACGAGUCAGCGCUUUCCGAACCAUGUGAUCGGCAAGAAGUAUUGUUUUUGGAAAAAGGACGAAACACACAAUCAAAUGAAGAAGUAGAUGACAAGUUUUUUGAAGUGACAGUUGAAGAUGUACGGAAUAUGAUGGCAGAUUUGCAACAGGAACGCAAAAAACACGAAAGCAAAGAGUUGCUAACUGAAGAAAUAAGAAAAGCAAGGAGAUUGGAAAAAGCAUCAAAAUACCCCAAAGUUAUUGUUAGGGUUAUUUUUCCAUCUCGUCAUGUCUUACAAGCAAUGUUUAACCCCUUAGAAACUAUGAAGGAACUCUAUGCUAUAGUGGAAGAACAUGUCUCUCAAUCAUUUUAUUUAUACACAUCACCGCCGAAAGAAAUUCUAAAAGACAAAACCGUGACACUGUUUGAAGCAGGAUUUGCUCCUGCUGCAAGAGUCUACAUCAGCGCUAAUGCUUCAUCAACACAACUGCUUCAGGAAUCUUCUUUGGAAAAGUUAGAAGAUGCAGAUGUUGCUAAUAUGAGCUUAGCUUGUGUUUUCAAAAUCCCCAACAAGACAACAGCUGCGACUUCUAAAAACAAAGAGGAAAAGUUGAAAAAAUUUCUAAAAAUCGGAAAAAGUUGAAAUUUCGCAUGUGAAUGGUGUUCCAAUGCUCCAAAUCUGCAGUACAACUGUUCUUAUAAUACAAAACUUAUUCUCACUUC